AUGGAUCAAUGCAACCAUUCAAGCCUGGCUGAAUUUGUGUUCCUUGGCUUUGCCAGUGUGGGCUAUGUCAGGGGCUGGCUUUUUGUCCUGCUGCUGUUGGCAUACCUGUUCACCAUCUGUGGCAACAUGCUCAUCUUCUCAGUCAUCCGACUGGAUGAAGCUCUGCAUACACCUAUGUACCACUUUGUCAGUGUUCUUUCCUUCUUGGAGUUGUGGUAUACAGCUACCACUAUCCCUAAAAUGCUGUCUAAUAUUCUCAGUGAGAAGAAAACCAUUUCUUUUGCAGGAUGCCUCCUUCAGACCUACUUCUUCCACUCCUUGGGAGCUUCUGAAUGCUACCUUCUUACAGCCAUGGCCUAUGAUAGAUACCUGGCCAUUUGUCGGCCCCUCCACUACCCUGUAAUUAUGACCACUACACUCUGUGCCAAGAUGGCUGCUGCUUGUUGGACUUGUGGCUUCCUAUGUCCCAUUUCUGAGGUCAUCCUGGUCUCCCAGCUCCCAUUUUGUGCUUACAAUGAAAUCCAACACAUUUUCUGUGACUUUCCUCCUUUGCUGAGCUUGGCCUGCAAGGACACGUCCACUAACAUUCUGGUGGACUUUGCCAUUAAUGCUUUCAUAAUUCUUACCGCUUUACUCUUUAUCAUGAUUUCUUAUGCAAGGAUCAUUGGGGGGCAGAAGAUAAAAACAGCAUCAGGAAGAAAGAAGGCCUUUUCUACCUGUGCCUCACAUCUUGCUGUGGUCCUCAUCUUCUUUGGGAACAUCAUCUUCAUGUACGUGUGGCUAAAGAAGAGCUAUUCCCUGACCCUUGACCGAACACUUGCUAUAGUUUACUCCAUACUAACACCAAUGGUCAAUCCAAUUAUCUACAGUCUUCGUAACAAGGAACUCAUUAAAGCCAUCAGGAGGACAAUCUUCCAGAAGGGAGAUAAAGCUAGUCUUGCUCAUCGUUGA